AAGAGGAGGUGUAGUGAAGCGGGAGAAUUUGAUCCAUCCUUUGAUUUUCCCUCCUCUUCCAAAAUUUGGGGUUUCCCUCCCUUAGUAUUAUUCUCUUUCCAUUCACAUCCAUAGAUCUUGGAUGUCUCGCGAGAGAGAGAGAGAGAGAGAGAGAGAGAUUGAAAGGAAAUAGAAGAAGAAAUUUCAAAACAAGAGAUCGUGAGGAGUUGAUUUCACUUUCUCCAUCUCUUUCGUCACUCUCAGCUUUUGGAACAAGGUGGGGAAGGAAAGAAUUUUGUUGUUACAAGAUCAAAGCUUCAACUUCUCACACAGGGGAACUUUGUAAUCGAGUGUAUAGUCCAAUUAAGAUACUCAGCAUGUUUGGGAGAAAAGCUUGCCAACUUGUGAAAGAAUUUGCAAGUGGAGAAAAGGGUCAGCUCACACCAUUUAAUAAAGACUUGUUUGAGCAAGUAGUUGGAGAGUGCAGCCAACAUCACCUUGACCUUCAGUCCUUGAUAAGGAAGAUGCAGGAAGAAGGUUUGGAUGUCCAAACUGCUAGAAAUGCUGACCACUACGGAGCCCUCAUCCACCUAUUUUCUAUAGUCCGAAAUAAACGUUGUCUAACGGCCUAUGUGUAUAAUCGAGCAGAAACUAUACGGAACUUGUUAUGGAAGAUAGGGCCUGUGAUUCCUAAAGAAAUUGAAGAGAAGCUUGAUCAUAGAGAGGAAGAGUAUUUCAAGAAGCAUUCUUCAGCAUUGAAAUCGUAUAUGUCAAAAGUGUUUGUUGAUCUGACUGUGGAUAUGGUACCGCCAAAAGAUCCAUACAUUCAAGUAAGGGUCCUUGAAGACAUAAGAGAAGGCAUUGUACUUAGUGAUGAUAAGAAUCCCAAUUUUGCCCGCCAUUCCAUGCAUUUUCUGAAACGAACUGAUGCUGAGAAAUAUAUCUCACGGGGCUUAAUGGAGGAGCUCACUGGUUGACCUGUUAGUCCUUUACUUGGG